CACUGUGACCCCAAGAGCCUUUUUCUGUUUCCAGCUCCACCCAUUCCCGUCAGAAGGGUGAGCAAUGAAAUCAGAAUGAUGAAGUACUAUGAAAAAGAAAACAAAAUGGAGAACGGGUUUGGACUUCCCAAAAGUUCAUUCCACACUGACCAAGCCCACGGGCAAGUGGUCUAAACCACCUCUGCCUGCCCCACCCGCAGGGACUUUUGCCUGGGGCUGGGUCCAGCAGCUCUGCAGCGCCAACUUGGCAGGACCUGAGGGCCAGCGAGAGCCAUGCCGCCACCCCGUGCCAGCCACGCCGUGCCCUGCGCGCUGACUCGCCACGCGGGUGCCCUGGGGACCCCAGAGGCCUGACUGACUGACCUUGCUUCGCACCGCCAGCUGCAGACCCCCCCAAGAUGUCGCUCGAGUGGCCGGCGGUCUGGAGCUGGUCGCUGGACGGCCUGAGGGACUGCAUCGCCGCCGGCAUCCAGUCCGUGCGGGACUGCGACAGCGGCGCCGUCGCCACCGUGGCCUGCCUGCUGGCCCUGUUCGUGUGGUACUGUUACCACGUGGGCAGGGAGCAGCCCCGGGCCUACGUCUCCGUCAACGCCCUCAUGCAGGCGACCGAGACCAGCGGGCUGCAGAACGGGUACAUGUACUGCCAGUCCCCCGAGUGCGUGCGCUGCACCCACAACGAGGGCCUCAACCAGAAACUCUACCACAACCUGCAGGAGUACGCCAAGCGGUACUCCUGGGCCGGCAUGGGCCGCAUCCACAAGGGCAUCCGCGAGCAGGGCCGCUACCUCAGCAGCCGGCCCUCCAUCCAGAAGCCCGAGGUCUUCUUCCUGCCCGACCUCCCUACCGCGCCGUACUUCUCCCGGGACGCACAGAAGCACGACGUGGAGUUGCUGGAACGUAACUUCCAGACCAUCCUGUGCGAGUUCGAGACCCUCUACAAAGCUUUCUCAAACUGCAGCCUGCCGCAAGGGUGGAAAAUGAACAGCACCCCAAGCGGGGAGUGGGUCACCUUCUACUUGGUCAAUCAGGGGGUUUGCGUUCCCAGGAACUGCAGGAAGUGCCCACGGACGUACCGCUUGCUCGGAAGCCUUCGGACCUGUAUUGGGAACAAUGUUUUUGGGAACGCCUGCAUCUCCGUGCUGAGCCCCGGGACUGUGAUAACGGAGCACUACGGACCCACCAACAUCCGCAUCCGAUGCCACUUAGGUCUGAAAACUCCGAGUGGCUGUGAGCUGGUGGUGGGAGGGGAGCCCCAGUGUUGGGCGGAAGGACGCUGCCUACUCUUUGAUGAUUCUUUCCUGCACACUGCAUUCCAUGAGGGCUCAGUGGAGGAUGGGCCACGGGUGGUCUUCAUGGUGGAUUUGUGGCAUCCAAACGUGGCAGCAGCUGAACGACAGGCCCUGGAUUUCAUCUUUGCCCCAGGACGAUGAGGGCACUACCGAGCUGGAGUGGGUGAGAGCGAUGAGGGCCAGCGGGCAGACCGCGGCCGCCCAGCCCGGGCUGCGUUCCAGCUCCACGCCCAGCAACCUGCCGCGACGGAAAGCUCUUCGUGGGAACUUUUGUAUCAUGUCAGGUCCCUUUAUCCUUUGGUUAUUGUAAAUGCAAAACGUUCAGCUUGUAUUUCCUUAGGUUUUUUUCCUUUUAGUCAGUCAUUUGUUCCCGCCACGUGGCGCAUCACGUCGCUCCGAGACCAGAGGCUCCGUGCCCCAUCUGUGUCGUGUCGCUCAGUGCUCCGAAAUAGAACCAAGGGUUACUUGAAUGGAACAACAUAAAACUUCUUGUGGUGACCUUAAGUGAAAAAAGAACAGAACGCGCAAACUGCAGAGCAAAGCGCUGGAGAACGUGGCCGCCACGGUCACGCUCCUCGGGGUGAGGGCGUCUGCAGUCCCGCAUCAGCCUGCUCUGCUGUCGGGCUGCGUGCGGUCAGGGCACUGCCACGGGGACACUGGCCACCCCACCCGACACGCCUGACGGCAGCACAGGCGGUGGGAGUGGAGGUGUUUUGUCAACACCGCUUUCCUGCGAAGCCGGGGCUCAGUCUCUGAGGGCUGGGCCGAGGCUCCCUGGGAUCAGCCGCAGAGCACGUGGUUCGCUGACCUCACUGCCUACAGAAGCCUACUGCCAAGCCGGGUGGAAAGUGCCAUUUCAGCUGUUUGGUGAUGAAGGCCUCAGACCACCAGGUCGGUGGCAGGCGCUGCGGCCGGAGAAGCCCGCCCUCCCCCAGCACGCUUGGGAAGGCCCUCUGGCAAGACUGGAAUUGCAGACCUGACCGAGUGUCUCUCGCGCUUUGGAGUUCUGUUGCCGAUGGUUUUCCAUUUGUCUGUACGUCAGUGUUCAACGCUGGACUCGGGGAGAGUGAAGUGUCUGUCAGCCCUGUCACUGUGUGGCCUGUGUCUGUCAGCCCUGUCACUGUGUGGCCUGUGCCCAGUGUGGCUGCCCGAGCCGGGCGUGUGGGCGAGGCAGCAGGAAGACCUGCUGACUUCCGGCUCUCCUGGGCCGGCCACGGCCAGUGUGAGGCACUAAUGCUAGAAACACCCUCCUGUUAGCUGAGUCGUGAGAGUAGUCUGUAGCCUUAGUAGAGACACUUUGUGAAUAACGUGGUACAGGCAGCACCAGAUUCUGAGCCAUGUGGGGGCGCCUGCCGCCCGCCACGUGGGCAGGUCCCGUGUUGACCCCUUUCCCUGGUGGGAACCUGCAGCUUCUGUGAGGGGCCCGCCAGGCCUACGUCAAGCCGGUGUAACUGUGCCGAGUUACACGCGAGUGUCACUGAGAACGUGUCUACAUUUGAGUAACGUUUCUACACAUAUUUUUCAGUGACUAGACUGCAGGAAAGGGCAGCAAUUUCAAACACACUGAAAUCUUUUUACUCAUUAAGUACCUUGUUAGGAACAGUGAGGUGCAUGAUUUCUAUACAUAUUGACUGCUCUACGUUUACAAAGCCAACAGCCCACACAGCUCCCUCGGCUGCCUGUCCUCACGUGACGUGGCUGGGGGCCGGAGAUAAAUAAAGGACCUUGCUGAAGCCCA